CAAUUUCUCGAAAAUUCUUAAGUACGUUAAAUGUGCUGAGCGCGUUAUUAACGUGCUCAGCUUGAUCACGUUAAUUAUUUGCAUUUCACGAAAAAAUAACUUGCUCAAUAACUUAAUUAAGUUGGAUGUUGAGCACGUUAUUUGAGUCAACUAGGUAGUUGAUUUAAGUCAGUUAUUUCUCUCUCAAAUAUGGCCGCCAUACAGCAUCGUCUGCAGAUACUACGCCAGAGAACUCGUGAUCUUCCGUUUCCGAGGGUCUUUCAAGACCGUUCAAACCCUCUGGAGACUCUAUCUUCUCCUGAAAUAUUCCAGAGGUAUCGUUUCCGUCCUCAUUCUAUUCUUCUUCUCGUCAACAUCCUUUUUCCUUACUUGGAACGAGCCACUGGACGCUCCUGUCCACUACCCCCUCUUCUUUCCGUACUUGUUUCUCUCCAUUUUCUGGCAACUGGAGCCCACUAUAUCGUUGUUGGUGACGUCCAUGGCAUUUCCGCUUCGUCUGUCUGCCGCGCCAUCAAAACCACUGUCGCUAUACUUUCUGGAGUUGCAAGAAAGAAGAUCCAGUUCCGUCGGGAUUUAGAUGCUGUAAAGGCAGAGUUCUUCUCCAUUGCCGGAUUUCCAAAUGUCAUUGGACUGGUGGAUGGAACCCACAUACGAAUAAAUGCCCCUCACCAGUAUGAGGAGGACUAUGUAAAUCGUAAGGGCUAUCACUCUAUCAAUGUGCAGAUGGUAUGUGAUGCUGGGUUCCGGAUUCAAAAUGUAGUUGUGAAGUGGCCUGGAAGUGUCCAUGAUGCCCGCAUAUUCCGGCAAUCUUCCUUAUGCCUGGAUUUGGAAAAUGGUGUCAUGGAUGGUUACUUGCUUGGUGACAGUGGUUAUGCGUGCCGACGUUACCUUCUAACGCCGUACCUGAACACACGAUCACAAGCACAGGAAAGAUAUAACAGAGCCCUAGUAAAGACUCGAGUCAUUAUUGAACAGACAUACGGUGUGUUGAAGCGCAGGUUUCCUUGCCUUUCAUAUGGCCUUCGUGUACAGCCCCAGCGAUGCUGCCAGAUAAUAUUGACCUGCUCCUUCCUCCACAACUUUGGUCUAGAUAAUGGAGACAUAUUUGAUCGUCUGGACGGUUUUGAUGUUGAUCAACCAGAUCAUGACUUUCAUUUUCAAAUUCAAAAUCCAGGCAAUGGCCUUCUUUUCAGAGAUGUUUUAGCACAAACAUUCUUCUCCUGACUGAUAUGUUCAGUUUCCUUUUUCAUAAAAGUGCUGUAACUGUUAUGACAGUAUUUGAGUAUUUGAAAAAAGUAAGAAUCAUUCUGUUUUUAGCUGAACUGAAUGAAGAAUGGAGAACUAUACUACUCUGCGUUAUGUCGGCAGCAGCGUCGGCUGGACAUCUUGUUUAAGAUUUUGCAUAUACUGGUAUGCACAUUUAAAGCUGCACUCUCACAGAUAUACCAUUUUUGCCACUUUUUUUAUAUCAUUAUAUACAUGUCUAAUUUUCAAUUGGAAUGCUGACAGUUUAAGAGAAAUUGCAUUUUCUCUUAAUGUUUUUUGCUCAUCUGAUGAUCAUUUGCUACUUCCGAGUGUGAUAUUUCCAUUGCUAGUCUUUUGAGACAUAUCAAAUAUUUCUGUUCCAAUGGUGUUUCAUGCAUAAGCCCAUAUCCUUGAUACUUUCGUAAAAAAAAAAAGCAUUUUGUUUAACAAUCUUUAUUUCUGUAAUAACUCUCUUUAAACUACCUGAUAUUAAACAACAAAACAAAUAACACAUAAGUAUAUAUGCAGAUGUGGUCAUAAAGACUUUCAUAACGUCAUAUAACUUUUAUCACAUGAAUUAACUGUACAUAUCAUCCUUUUACAUAGUGUACCUUUUGCAAAUGUGACAAUCAAUAUAUUUGAAAUAUGGCACUUAAAAAAACAGAUGUCAAUAUCUAUUUUAUGUUAUGUUAUUGAAAAACAGAUGAAAUACAUGUCAAUUUCUAUUUUAUGUUAUGUUAUUGAAAAACAGAUGAAAUACAUGUCAAGUUCUAUUUCAUGUUAUGUUAUUGUGAAGAACAUGUUAGGCCUCCAUUGUCUGUAAAUUUCCUUUAUGUUUUAGUUUAAAGUAGUGUUAUUCAUUUAUCUUAACAUGGUAGAUUCAUUUAACUUCACAUGGUAGAUUCAUUGACUAAAAACUAGGUCACCUGGUCAAAUUAAAUGAAAAGCCUAUUAACACUAUAGAGGUUUCAUUUAUGACCAUAUUUUAAAGAAACUUGGACAGAAUGUUAAUAUCAAUAAUCCCUAGGCCAAGUUUAAAUCUGGGUCAUGUGGAUCCAAAAACGAGGUCACCAGGUCAAAUUGAAGGAAAAGCUUGCUAACUCUCUAGAGGUCACAUUUAUAAAUGUAUCCUCAUGUUAACAUGUUAACGAUAAUUAUGCUCAUGAAACUUGAUCAGAAGGUUAUUCUUGAUGAUCUUUAGGUAGAGUUUGAAACUGUGUAAUCAGAGGUCAAAAACCAGGCCACUAGGUCAAAUUAUAGAAAAAACUUUGUAAACACUGUAGAGGUUACAUUAUCUAUUUGAUCACCAUGAAACUAUGUCUGAAUGUUUGUGUUUAUGAAGUCUAUGUCAAGUUUGAAACAUGGUAAUAUGAGUUCAAAAACAAGGUCACAAAGUCAAGUCAAAUAUUGUUAAAAAACUUUUGAGGCCAUAGUUCUACUAUAUCUAUAUGAAAUCUGAUCGGAAUGUACUUACUACAGCAAGGUAAUUGAAUUGGACCAGGUGAGCGAUACAGGGCAUUCAGGACCCUCUUGUUUAAUGGAAAAAUACGAAAAACUGUUAAACCUAAAUAAAUUGUAAACUAUGUGGUA